UCAAGAGCUACUAUAUAACUCCUGCGCACUUUUGUUUGGGUCAGGAGAAAUUGGAAAACGUUGGCGCUUUGAAUUGAGUUCCUAGAAACAAGUAAAAAUGGCAGGAGGACAACCGGAGAGAGAAGAGAAGGUGUCGUUGGAACUCACUGAUGAAAUCCUUCAGAGCAUGGAAGUCGGCAUGACCUUUCGCGAUUAUAAUGGUAGAAUUAGUUCAAUGGAUUUCCAUAAGUCAUCAAAUUAUUUGGUAACUGCUGGUGAUGAUGAAUCAAUUCGCCUGUAUGACGUAGCCAAUGCAACAUGUCUGAAGACAAUAAAUAGCAAAAAAUAUGGGGUUGAUCUGGUUAGCUUCACUUCUCAUCCGUUGACUGUUAUUUACUCCUCAAAGAAUGGCUGGGAUGAAUCAUUGCGGCUUCUCUCAUUGCAUGACAACAAAUAUUUACGCUACUUUAAGGGUCAUCAUGACAGGGUUGUAUCCCUUAGCUUGUGCUCUAGGAAAGAAUAUUUUAUAUCUGGAUCGCUUGAUCGGACUGUUUUGCUUUGGGACCAAAGAGCAGAUAAAUGUCAGGGUCUUCUACGUGUCCAAGGAAGACCAGCUGCAGCUUAUGAUGAUCAGGGGCUUGUUUUUGCCAUUGCUUUUGGAGGAUACAUAAGAAUGUUUGAUGCUCGCAAGUACGAAAAGGGCCCAUUUGAUAUAUUUUCUGUUGGGGGAGAUAUGUCAGAUGCAAAUGUUGUAAAGUUCAGUAAUGAUGGAAGACUUAUGCUUUUGACUACAUCAGAUGGGCAUAUUCAUGUUCUUGAUUCCUUUCGUGGUACCCUUUUAUCAACAUAUACUGUGAAGCCUGUUUCAAGCAAUUCAACUUUGGAGGCGUCUUUCAGCCCAGAGGGAAUGUAUGCUAUAUCAGGUUCUGGUGAUGGCAGUGUUUAUGCUUGGAGUGUUCGGAGUGGGAAAGAAGUUGCCAGUUGGAUGAGUUCACAAGCUGAACCGCCUGUGAUCAAAUGGGCUCCAGGAAGCUUAAUGUUUGUAACUGGUUCUUCAGAAUUAUCGUUUUGGAUUCCAGACUUGUCCAAAUUAUCGGCUUAUGUUGGAAGAAAGUAGAAACUGGAAAUUUUAUUUGGAGGUGUUCUUCUCUGGGAUUUGUUCAUGAAACAUGAAAUGCCCAUCAAAUUCCUCAUUUUCACAAUGGGAUAGAAGAAACAGGAUUACACGUGCUCCUGCCCUAUAUGUUAAGCCCCACUUUUAAGCUGCUUCUCAAAAUGCUCUGCUGACGAGUUUGGAUGAAAAUAUUCACAUGAGGCAUGCCUGAAGAUGUCUUAUCGUUAACCAAAUGUAAUUUUAUCAAUUUACCUGUUAGUCCUCUGCUCUAUUAUUCAAUGUAAUUCCUUUAUCUUUCCGUCAUGGAUAAGAUCCAUAUAGAUCGAGGCUGAAGUUUUUAAGCUCCUAGGAUGUUGGGUUUUGCCUGAUUUUACUUGUACUGUAUUUUGGUAUGAAUUGAUUAGGGAUUUGUUGUGCUUCCAUUACAUUCAGAUCCCUUCGAGGUUAUUGAGUACAUGGUAUUCAACAGUACU